AUGAGAAGCAAAGCAAACAAGCUGGUUCAAAUAUCACGAGUACCCAUUAGAGUUCUGUGCAAGGCAAGAGAUUAUUACGUGAAGAGAAUGUUGAACUUUGCUGGCAGUGGUAGGGUUGGUUACGGAAGCAUAGGCGGUGCAACUGCUCAAUUGCCUAGGAGUUUUAGUGUCAACUCUUCAAGGGCAGUGGACGACGAGGAGUUCAAGGAACUUCUUCGGUUGUUGUCAGCCAAGGGAAUACGCGAUGUGGAGACCUUUCUCCGGUGCAGGGGCAAUGAUCGGAGAUCAUAUAGCAAAGGGUGUAGUGGGAUGAGAAGGAGUUACAGUGUUGGGGUAGGAAAAAUGGGGAGAAUUGAUGAGGACAAAGCUUGUUCAUUUAGAGAAGAUGAUGAAGAAGAUGUUGAAGCACAUUUGAUUCUCAGAAGUAGAAGUCAUGCAGUUAGAAGAAAAUUUUAG